AAUAUUAAGAGUAGUUUUCCAACUAAAUAUUUCCAAAUAUUUCUAGCCUAUUUACAGGCGAACGCAGCAGAGAACUGUGGACUGGCUCUGGUCCAAAGUAGUUAUUAGCUUCCAACGACCGAUUUAAUUUUUCUUUUGAAAACCCAUAGAUAGACGAAUAACAUGGACAUUCCAAAGGAGCUUGUGCCGCUGCUCAGCUGCAAUAUGUGCGGUCACCUCUAUGCCGUGGAGGGCAGACGUGUGCCCAAGAUGCUCGACUGCCGGCACUGCUACUGCAAGGAUUGCCUGGACAAGGAGCUGCUGUGGGCGCUUGGGCCCUCCUCUGGGCCAGAGUGGGUCUGUGGCAUUUGCGGUGUGCGCACCAAGCUAGAGCCGGAGAAGUUGCCCGAACCGGAGUCGAUCAUGUAUUUGAUACGCAACUUGCGGGCUCUAGAGUUGGGCCAAGCUAUGAUGGCGAUGCAAGCGGACCACAGACACACUACAACCCAAACAGUCGAUGGUGGGACUGCCGCUGGGACUGCAGCCACAUCCUGGCUGGAUGAUAUCUGCGUGACCCGUUUUCUGGCCAACAGCAGCGAGCAUUGCCUGACCCAUGGCCGGCCCAACACGACCUGGUGCCACACCUGUCGACUUCUGAUGUGUAUCGCCUGCUCCGAGGUAGCGUCACAUUUCAUGCAUAAGCUGUCCCACCAUCUGGACCUCCGCGAACUGGUCAAGCAGCUGCUCGGCAAUGAGAUGGAUAAGAUCAAGAGGGCCUUCAAAGAGGCAAAUGCUCUGGCCGGCCACGAUUUGGCCAUGCUUCGGGAUAUCUUUGAAGCCUGUCACCAGCUGCAGAAACAUGUCGGGAGAGAGAUGCUGACGCACAAGCCCAGCCUGGCCGCCUUCCACAUGAACGACUGGUGGGUGCGCUCCGAGACGCUGCUCAAUCGCCUGUCGAGCGAGGGUGUACUCGGUGAUUACGAGCUGCACCAACUCCUGGGCCGUGCCUCCGUGCAGGUGAAGCUAUUCCACAAGCAGCUUUCGCAAAUGCACUUCCAGUCGCAGCUGCGGGCCAUCAUACACGAGAACGGCAUGCAGGUGCUGAGCUUUGAGCUGCUUAACAAGCGCCUGUUGCAUCUACAGCGGAGCCCAACUCCGCCACAGGCCACAGUUGAAGCUGGGGGUGGAGUGGCACCAGCUUUGAUGCUGACCAACUACUGCAUCUACACGUACUGGCAACAAAUGCAGCAAGAGGUGCUGCUUGCGCCCCGCCAGGAGCAGUCUCUGUUGCUUCCGAUGAUUAGCCCGAGUCUGAUGGCGCCUCUGGUGCCAGCUCCCUCGGCCAGCUGCAGCAGCAGCAACAGCAGCAACUUCUUGAACUGCAACUUUCCCCAUCCGGCAGCCCAGCUCUUCAACAAUGACUACAAUCGCCUGAAUCUGUGGCUGCAGCUUGGACAGAACAACGCACAGGCACAGCCACAGCCACAGCAUCCCACCACACCCUCCGUGGUCUAUCAGCAUGGGCAUAGCCAUGCAACAGUCAGAUUGGUAAGCAUUGGGCGGUUGCCCUCAGUACACUGUUAUCCCAUAUAUUAUAUGGACAUGGAAAUAGCAGGGCGGCUGGUCGGGCGAGUACUAAUCGAAGUGAACAAGGACGCUGCGCCCCGGAUGGCCGAAAACUUUGGCUCACUGAUACGGCAGGAUCGCGGCUUUGGCUACCGGGGAUGCGUCGUAUUUCAGGCCUGGGGCAAUGAGAGCAUCAUCACGGGGGACUUUGAGUCGCAGAACGGUCGCGGAGGACAUGCCGCCUUUGAGGAGCGUUUCUUUAAGGCGGACAACACUGGACUAGCGUCCCGUCGGGGAGCGGUGGGCAUGCGGCGGAGUCAGAAACGCUACGACCAUUACGGACUCGUCGGCAGCCAAUUCCGGGUGCUGCUCAACGAACAUCAGACAUUUACGGCCAUAUUUGGCUACAUAAUCGAUGGCAUCGAAAUUAUUGACCAAAUCGCUGCCACUGGCAGCCCCAUCGGAACUCCUGGCAUGCGAUCAAUCAUCAAAGAUUGUGGCGCGUAUCGUCCUGAAUGAACUAACAACCGAUCGGACCAACCUUUCGCCCCAUGAGCUGCUCUAUUACUCGGAUCUACUAUAUACAAUUUUUGAUGCAUCGUUAAGUAAAUAUAUAUCGUAAGGUAUUCUAAGACACUCCCGUUUUUGACAAAGAAAUCUCUUUGAUG